ACUCACUUCGACCUGAUAAAAGCAUCCUCUCCUUCAAAAAUCAUGAAACCCCCCAUUUACUCUCUCAGGGACUAUGGGGGACCGAGAGCGAGACAGGGACAGGGACCGCGAGCGAAACCGAGACAGAGAUCGAGACAGAGAAAGACGCCGGGACAGAGACGACCGUGAUCGUGAUCGGGACCGGGACCGCGUCCGCAGCAAGAGGUCGCGUACACCGGAGCGCACCAGACCACGUCACACCCGCUCCCGCACGCGCUCGCCGGACCGGUACCGCUCACGCACUCGCUCAGUCUCCCGCUCUCGCUCUCCGGACGACCGGUCCCACCGGCGGCGCCACCAUCACAACCGUAGCCCAUCUGCGGAGGCACGCAAGCGGCAGAGGCGCGAGCCGACAGCCGAGGACGAGAGGGAGAGGCAGAAGGCGGCGGUGGCUGACUUCGUCGAGGGCAUCGCAAAGGAGCAGAAAACUCAGCAGAAGCAGAGCAGCGAUGGCGGUGGUGACGAAGGCCUGGACGAGGACGAGAUUGAGAUGAUGAAGAAAUUUGGGAUUCCGACUGGAUUUGACUCGACGAAAGGGAAGCCCGUGCCUGGCGCCGAUGUGAGCGGCAUUAGGGCGGUCACUAAGCGGCAGCCGAGACAGUAUAUGAAUCGCCGCGGUGGAUUUAAUCGGCCUUUGCCUGCUGAGCGUAAUCGCUAGAUUACUGACGAGGAGGGUCUUCCAGCAUGAGUUGAACCAUGUGGAGAGACUUGGAUACUUGAAAGCCAUCGGCAGGAUGGACCCGAAUCAGUCAGACCGUGUAAGGUUUUCUCUAGUUCUUUGUAUUUUGCAUCCAAUGAUGGAUUCCCAUGAGAUUCUUGUGAUUGAUUGAUUCUUAUGUCUUCGGUUUUGAACAAAUUAGUCAUUUGGUUCGCCUCUUCGGAGUUGUAUUAGUUGUUAAACGCAACAUUAAUGGGACUAGCUACUUGUAAACG